UACAGUCUAUAUUUUCUUCAGACGUUUGAUUAAAACUUUUUCCUUGUAAAACAUCUUCAACCUUGUCAGAUUGUUCUCUGUCAGCUGGGAUGUUCCCGUCUGUAAAUCCAAAGAUGUGAGCAGUUCUGAUGAUGUGGGAGUUUUGUUGUGAUUCAAAGCAACCUGUCGGCUCUCAGUUAUUCACACUUUCUGCCUCCAUCGGUUCACUGACGGAGCUGCUGUCAGUCAGCAACAUUCACUUCCAUUUUAUUGUUCUACGUUUAUUUAUUCACUUUUAUUCAUUCCAUUUGAUAUCGAUGCUGUACAUAGUGAGGUGAAUUCACACAGAGAAACUGUCUCUGAAGUCAAUAAUAAUGGAAUUAUUUCCUUAAAUUUAGUUUCUGGCUUCUCAGACAAACACUUUUACUGUAAUGACACUUUUUACAACAUUCUCUGUAGUCUGGGAACUACUGAGAACUCCACUGAGAACUCAGAUAAAAGUCAGAAUAAGGGGCAGGGGGGUGAAUACAACAAGCAACACAACUGGUUUUUGUGUUUUCCAGUUGGGUGUGAGAGACUAUAAGUGAGGCUUUGAAAGGAGUUCUAAGUUCAGGUUUCAGGUUAAUGAUUAAGUUGAUUAUUGAGUCUGACUGUACUUGUAGGGAAAUAAAAUGUUUAUGACUGGAGGGUGGAUUGAUUUGGACUCUCAUAAUCUGCUGUUUCUGUGUGUGAUAUGAGAAGGACAAAGAGCUGACCUCUGAUCUGUGCAGGUUCACACUGGUUUGUGCUUCGAGCUGUUUGGUUCCUCAGAGCUGAAGAAGGACGACGGUGGAGCUCAGGAAAGGAGCAGAAAGCUGUUGGACUGCAGCAAGUAGAGUUCACACUGGUUUGUGCUUCGAGCUGUUUGGUUCCUCAGAGCUGAAGAAGGACGACGGUGGAGCUCAGGAGAGGAGCAGAAAGCUGUUGGACUGCAACAAGUAGAGUGGCUGCAGGUUUUCACCAACAUGGAAAGGAUCCAUCAGAACCCAGAACCAGAACCAGAACUCAGUCUUGUCUCCAUGGAGGAUGCUCCCUCAAAGGGCGCCGCCAUGUUCUUUGAAAGACAACAACGUUCUGCUAAAAAGAAGAUCUAUCAGAACCCAGGACCAGGACCAGGACCAGGACCAGGGUCCAGCUAUGUGUCUAUGAAGCGUUAUGGAUCAGUGGAUCAAUUGAUUGAUCUUAAAAGACGACAACCGUCUGUCGAAAAGAGGAUCUAUCAGGACCCAGGACCAGAACCAGGACCAGAACCAGGACCAGGACCAGGACCAGGACCAAGACCCAGUUGUGUGUCUAUGAAGAGUGAUAGAUCAGCGGGUCGAUUGAUUAACUUUAAAAGACAACAACCGUCUGUCGAAAAGAAAGUGGAGCAGCAGAACUCAGAGGUUCCCAGAGCUCAGUCUGUCCAGCAGCAUCACCUGGACUCCAUAUUCAUGCUGCUGGAGGACAACAUGGUGACUUAUGUGAAGAAGGAGCUGAAGAAGAUGCAGAAGGUUAUGAGUCCAGAUUACCCAGAAUGCUCAGAGAGUCAGAGGGAGGAUGAGGAGGAGUUGGAGGGUGAUGAUGAAGAUGAGAGGAGCAGCAGAGAGAUGUUUGAGCAGAUCACAGUGUUGUUCCUGAGGAGGAUGAAGCAGGAGAAGCUGGCUGACUGUCUGCAGAGCAAACUUGCCGCUGCAGUGUGUAGACGUAAACUUAAACGUGGUCUGAAGAAGAAGUUCCAGAGAGUGUUUGAGGGCGUCGCUAAAGCAGGACGACCGACCCUCCUGAAUGAGAUCUACACAGAGCUGUACAUCACAGAGGGAGGGACUGCAGAGGUCAAUGAUGAACAUGAGAUCAGACAGAUUGAAGCAGCAUCCAGGAAAGCAGACAGAGCAGAAACAAGCAUCAGACCAGAAGACAUCUUUAGAGGCUCACCUGGAAGAGAUGGACCAAUCAGAACAGUGAUGACAAUGGGAGUGGAUGGCAUCGGGAAAACAGUGUUAACACAGAAGUUGACUCUGGACUGGGCUGAAGACAAAAGCAACCAGGACAUCCACUUCAUGUUUCCAUUGACUUUCAGAGAGCUGAAUGUUCUGAAAGAGAGAAAGUUGAGCUUGAUGGAACUUGUUCAUCACUUCUUCAGUGAAACCAAAGCAGCAGGAAUCUGCAGGUUUGAAGACUUCCAGGUUGUGUUGAUCCUUGACGGUCUGGAGGAGUGUCGCCUUCCUCUGGACUUCCACAACAAUGAGGUCCUGACUGAUGUUACAGAGUCCACCUCAGUGGAUGUGCUGCUGACAAACCUGAUCAGGGGGAAUCUGCUUCCCUCUGCUCGCCUCUGGAUAACCACACGACCUGCAGCAGCCAAUCAGAUCCCUCCUGACUGUGUGGACAUGGUGACAGAGAUCAGAGGGUUCACCGACCCACAGAAGGAGGAGUACUUCAGGAAGAGAUUCAGUGAUGGGAAGCAGGCCAGCAGCAUCAUCUCCCAUGUGAAGACAUCACGAAGCCUCCACAUCAUGUGUCAUAUCCCAGUGUUCUGCUGGAUCACUGCUACAGUUCUGGAGGAGCUGCUGAGAAGCAAAGAUCGAGGAGAUCUGCCCAGAACCCUGACUGAGAUGUUCAUCCACCACCUGGUGGUUCAGGCCAAAAUCAAGAAGGUCAAGUAUGAUGGAGGAGCUGAGACAGAUCCACACUGGAGUCCAGACAGCAGGAGGAUGAUUGAGUCUCUGGGAAAACUGGCUUUUGAACAGCUGCAGAAAGGAAACCUGAUCUUCUAUGAGUCCGACCUGACAGAGUGUGGCAUCGAUGUGGAAGCAGCCUCAAAGUACUCAGGAGUGUUCACACAGAUCUUUAAAGAGGAGAGAGGACUGUACCAGGACAAGGUGUUCUGCUUUGUCCAUGUGAUCGUUCAGGAGUUUCUGGCUGCAGUCUACAUGUUCCACUGCUACACCAAGAGGAAGGAGAAGGUUCUGGAGGACUUCCUGGGAAAAGACUGGAAAGAUGAGAACAGAGACACUCUGGAUGUGUUCCUGAAGAGAGUGAUGGAGAAAUCCCUGAGAAGUAAAAAUGGUCACCUGGACCUGUUUGUUCGCUUCCUUCAUGGCCUCUGUCUGGAGUCCAACCAGAGACUGUUAAGAGGUCUGCUGGGUCAGACAAAGAACCGUCCAGAAAUGAUCCAGAGAGUCAUCAACAACCUGAAGGAGAUGAACAGUUAUGAAAUGUCUCCAGACAGAAGCAUCAACAUCUUCCACUGUCUGAUGGAGAUGAAGGAUCUCUCAGUCCAUCAGGAGAUCCAAGAGUUCCUGCAGUCAGAGGACAGAUCAGAGAAGAAACUUUCUGAGAUCCACUGCUCAGCUCUGGCCUACAUGCUGCAGAUGUCAGAGAAGGUUCUGGAUGAAUUGGACCUGAACAAGUACAGAACAUCAUGGGAGGGAAAACGGAGACUGAUUCCAGCUGUGAGGAACUGCAGAAAGUUUCGACUUUAUGACUGUGAACUCUCAGAGAGUCACUGUGAAGUCGUGGCCUCAGCUCUGAAGGCCAACCCCUCCCAUCUGAUAGAACUGGACCUGAGUGGAAACAUCCUGCAGGAUUCAGGAGUGAAGCAUCUUUGUGAUGGACUGCAAAGUCCAAACUGUAAACUGGAGACUCUCAGAAUGGAGAGCUGCUGGUUGUCAGAGAUCAGCUGUGAUUCUCUGAUCUCAGCUCUGAAGUCCAACCCCUCCCAUCUGGAACAUCUGGACCUGAGUGAGAACAACCUGCAGGAUUCAUCAGUGAAACAUCUGAGUGGUUUUGUGGAGAGUCCAGGCUGCAUCCUGAAGACUCUGAGAUUGAGGCGCUGCAGGUUGUCAGAGAUCAGCUGUGAUUCUCUGGUCUCAGCUCUGAAGUCCAACCCCUCCCAUCUGGAACAUCUGGACCUGAGCUUCAACAACCUACAGGAUUCAGGAGUGAAACAUCUGAGUGUUUUUCUGAAGAGUCCAGACUGCAUCCUGAAGACUCUGAGAUUGAUUCGCUGCAGGUUGUCAGAGAUCAGCUGUGAUUAUCUGGUCUCAGCUCUGAAGUCCAACCCCUCCCAUCUGGAACAUCUGGACCUGAGUGAGAACAACCUGCAGGAUUCAUCAGUGAAACAUCUGUUAGAUCUUAAGGAGAGUCCAGACUGCAGCCUGAAGACUCUGAGAUGGAAGUGGUGCUGAUCAGGACGGUGUUUGUGCUGAGAGGAUGAAGUGUCCUGAUGAUCCAGAGGUUGAAGCAGCAGCAGCAGCUGGUGUGUAGAGACUCUGACUGGACCAUGUUACUGGGAGGUGGACUGGGAACCAGUAUGAAGUGUGUUGUUCCUGUAUAGUUUAGUGUUGCAGCUCCACACAGUGAAUGAUGGAGAAGUUCAGUUAAUGUUGACUUGAUCCGUUGGAGGUUGAUGUCAGGUUGCAGAGUGUGCAGGAAGUUUCAGGAUGUUUCCACUCUGACUGAUAUCUGCCCACUUGGAGCCUCAAUUCCAGGUUUUCAGCCCUUGGUCUGUUUGUGGGAAUGUUCCAGAGUUAUCUUUUAGUUUUGUCCUCACAUUAGCAUGACGUCAUGGUUGGUAAUGAUUCAAUCUGACCUUUAUUAACACAUGAUCGUGAAACACAUCCUGACUCAGCUUGUAAAUAACACUCAGGGCCUUCAGGUGUUUAAUUAGGACUUUUCCAGCACAUAUUAGUUUUUGCUUGAGAUGAAAUGUCCUGAAAAUUCCACAGCAGGUGUUUCUCCUGUUUGUAGCUUUAGUUGUGGGCAGUGAGUGUAGGUGAGUCCAAGCAGGGUUUUCAUUUGGACUUUUAUCUGCUCAACGUAGGAGAGUUCAGUUUGGUUCUAACUUGUAGUCAGAAAUCUUCUUGUAGUUUCUCUUGAUUUCUUUUCAGUAGCAUCCGUCGCCCUCCGUUGCUCCUUUUUCUGUCACCUGUGUUGUUUGAUUUGUGUUAACUCAACAACUUCCUUCAA